AGUGUGGUUCUCUUCGCGCGCGGCUGGUCACAGUGUGUUUUGGAACACCGUCGCCGCUACUAUUGCCGCUGCUGCAGUUGCCGCCGCCGCCGUCGUUCAACACUCACCAGAUAAUCAUCGUCGUUGAACCGCUGGUCUGAACCGCCGUCGGGUUCUUCUGCAGUCCGUCCGCUCUAGCUGUCCGUCUGUUGGUCGUCUGUGGGUCGCCCGGUAACUUGGUGUUGGUUGGUCGUUCGUUCUUUCGGUGCAUCUGACUGCCAGCUUCCUCGCUCGCUGGAGCUGUUCUUUCUUCUGGACUUGUUGUUCUUCCCGUUCCCGCGAUGUGGAUCUUCGUCGUAGCCGCGGCCGUCGCGGCUCUGCUUGGCGAAGGUGUCAACGGCCAGACCUGUCGGAGCGCGGCCGCGCAGCAAUGUAAGGACCGAAUAUUCCAGGUCAUCCAGCAGCACUCGCAAGACUUCACGGGAUCGGACGUCAGCUCCAUCUGUCCCAAUCUCCGCGACAACAUGGCCUGUCUUCUCUGGCAGUCUGCCAACUGUCAAACUCGCGAACAGCAACAACGAUCCGGAGAACACAUUCUCGCCGCCAAAAACUAUCUGGACAGAUUCUGCGAUCUCGACGGAGGUUGGAGAAACAGUCGCUGUUACCAGUAUGACGAGAUCUCUCGCUGUGAGAACACCUUCACACAGAGACGCUCAGGAUCCGAGUCCUGCGACGCCUACAAUCGCUUCAAGGACUGCGUCAAGGAGGUUCUCCACAGACGGUGCUCUCGGUCUGACGAGCAGUCGUUCCCGUCGUUCCUGGUCGAUCGGGCUCGUGAGCUAGCGUGGACUUGUGCCUCCACGUCGUCGAACAACCCGUACGACAGUAAUCGCAACGAUCGAUACGAUUCCAACAACCGAUAUGACAGCCGCUACGAUCAGAAUCGUUACGAUCCCAACAAUCCCAACACCCGCUACAACAACGACCGUACCAACUACAACGAUCGCUACAGCGACCGCUAUAACGACCGUAACAAUGACCGUUAUAGGCCAGGAUACCUCCCAUCCCAAAACACCGACGAUGAAGUCUCUCCCCACCGAGCACCAGAUAACUAUCCCAACAACCUGGCAACCACCUCACCCCGGCCCUAUAACCCUUAUGAUACCAACGACCGUUAUAACACGAACGACAGAUACAAUACAAACGACAGAUACAACAGCACUCGAACAAGUUCCGAUCUCUUCCCGAAUUCGAAUAGGUCUAAUUCAACCUACAACACCAGGGGUGAAUUCUACAGCCGCAAUGAUACGAACGACCCCUACAAUAGAGAUGGUCGCUUCAGUCGAUACAAUGAUACCUAUGACCCCUAUAACCGUAACAACGAUCGCUACGAUAAUAGUAGGUACAACGCGAAUGCGGACCGCCUGAAUACCAACAACGACCGGUACAAUAACGAUCGAUACGGGAACGACCGUUACAACAAUGACCGUUACAACAACGAUCCCUCCAACAACGACCGUUACACCAACAAUCGGUACAACAACGACCGAUAUAACAACGAUAGAUACAAUACUAGGUACAACGAUUCCCUUAACGACCGUUACAAUACCAGGUACAACGAAUCCCUCUACGACCGUACGAGGCAGAACAGCUCGUUCAAUAACGAUAGCCGUUACGGUACGAGAUAUAACGACACCAACGACCCGUACAACAGAUACAACUCUACGCACAACCGAUUCGAUUCUAGAUAUAAUUCCUCGUACGCGGAUCGAUACAACAUGACGAAUCUAGGUGGCUACAACAAUAAUAAUUAUCUUAACAGCAACAACAACAGUAACAACAAUAAUCCAUACAAUCCAGUAUAUCCAGACGCUCGCAACGAUUCGUAUUCUCCAAACCGUUACGGUGGGGUCCGGGGUGGAUAUGGGACGGGUGGAGGAGUGCAGGACGGAAGCGAUUACAACAGGACGCCAUUGGGCCCGCACAGGAUCACGACCACGUCUACGACAGACAGCCCCCAACGUUCUCCUCUAGCCGAUUCCUACUGUCUCUACAAGGCACAGGACUCCAUUCGUGAGUGUGACAGCAAUCACCAGAGGAGACAGUACAGCGCAAGACGUUACCACGCCGACGAGCGCAUUAAGGAGAGUUGCUGCGCCACAAUCGAGUACAAGAACUGCCUCCGACAAUCUCUGAACAAUCACUGCCGCGAAUAUGGUUACAACACCAUCGAGAGCAUCGUGCAGCAGAAGGUCCGCGAUGCCGACAACGAUUGCCGACAGUUCGACUCUUACCGAUGCGCCAGCGGGGCGAGUGCGACCAUGGUCAGCAUGGUCGCCAUCGUCGCAAGCGUUCUUCUUGCAGCCACACGAAUUCUCUAA